GGCUGGCUGGCUGGCUGGCUGACUGGCUGGCUGGCUGGCUGGCUGGCUGGCUGGCACCAAAGGAGUCGGCAGAAGAGUGUGCCGUGGCGAGGAGAGUGAGUGAGAGAAAGAAAGAAAGAAAGAAAGAAAGAGAGGAAGGGAUAGAGAGGGGCUUCCCUCUUGCUUGCUGCCGCAGCUCGCGGGCACGAACUGCGCUACCGCCGUCAGCAGGCAGUCUUAUUACGCCCGCACUCAACUACGCGAACUAAGUACUCUUCUUAGAGACCCCGAAGACACACGAGUAAAUCGGCUUUUUCGGUUCGGUUCUAUUUUUCUUUCUUGUCACUUUUGUAUUUUUGUAUUUCUUCUCUCAUCUUUUCAUUUUAUUAUUAUUAGUUUUUUCAUUCCUUCAUUCUCUACAUUUCUUUCUCCCGUCAAUAUCGAAUCGUAUCGGUUUCGAUCGAUGGACACUGAGAGAUCUUGAAAUCCUUUAACUAGGAUCAAUGUUCAUGUGAAUUGAUGGAAAGGUAGCCGAGGAUAUAACACGGCUUUUGAUUGGUCGAUCGGAUGGUCCAAAGAGAUCAUCGAUCUACUCGGAACACCUACGGCGUAUCAAGUUUAAUUUUUUGCACGAAUUUCUACCACAACUUGGACGUGACGAUUCAAUAAGAUCAAAUAAAAAACUUGAAACGUGAGUGAAUCAUGAGUCGGUCAUCCUAUCGAUACAGUGAACGUUCCUCGACGAAUCGAAAGGAUGUUCGCCAGGCUUUGCAGACAAACUCCGAACGCGAGGAAGCUGUUAGUCGAAGCGGUGGCACGGUCUUCAUGGUUAUGAACUUACUCGCAAACAAUGGAGACUUGAAGAGGCGACACUCCUGGAAUAGCGAAGCGGAUUAUCAAUCGGUGGAAACAGGAGCUGAAACAGUUUCCGGAGAAGAGGGUGAUAUUUCGUCUUCUGAAAACGACGAUAGGAUAUCCUACAAGGAAAAUGGCUGUUCGAUGCAGACGGUGGACUUGGUGGCGAAUUGUCCACUUCCGGUGGUGACAGGAUCCUCAAGGUCGCCAUCGCCAUCAAGGUCGUCGACUCCCACGACGCCCUUGACACCCGUUGCAUCGACGAGGAGCAUGGGGCAACGGCCAAGUACACUUUUGCGUCCGAAGAUCUCUUUGACUUGGGUCCUCCGUGGUCAGCAACAACAACAGCAACAAUCGCAACAAUCGCAACAACCGCAACAACCGCAACAACAGCAACCACAGCAACAGCAACAGCAACAGCAACAACAACCUGCUGCUACUGGUAACGGAAAUCAUUCAGUUUCCAACACGACGGGAACAAACGUUCAUCGUGAUACACUUUCCCAUGACAGCAGAGAGGUAUCCUCAAGAAGAAGCAUCAAAAGUGAUAAAGAAAAGGAUGCUGCCAAGGAGAACGUCGUGGGACAAGAGAAACGUGAAAAAAAGAUCCUUCAUCGAAUCGAAAAGAUCGACAAAAUGGAGAAGUCCAUCAGCAAAGAGACGAUAAUUAACGACAAAACGAUCGAGAGUCUGUUGGAGAAGUAUCCAGAAAAAGAAUUGUUCGCAAGUGCGAAAGACACGAGGGAAAAGGAAAAAGUAAAGAAAGCAGUUUCCGAACCCUCUCUCGUAUCUCGUGAAUCAACGUCGACCCCAAACAGUCGUGACAAACACAGACACAGACGUACGAAACGUCCACAUAAAACGAGACCACCCAGUAGAUUUGGUUAUGAGAUUGCCGACCUUGAUGCAUUUUUAACAAAGGCAUCCAUCGAGAGACCAGCUAACAUCCCAGUUGUUUUAUCAUUCCCAUCGGUCUUAUAUCAAACGCAAGGUGGUACACAGGACGAAAUGGCUUUACCGCUCGGAACAGUAGUAAAUGCGGUCUUUAAAAAUCAGACUUGGCUCUACGUGCAAACGCCACAUGGCCAAGAAGGAUAUGUCGGAUAUGCAGCCUGUUUACCGCUAGGUAUAUUACCGCAACCUACGCGUGGUCCAUGUUGGGAAGACUCAACCGAUGUUUUUCCACGUCCAUUGGGUAACAUGACUGACACAGAAAAAUUAAGAGACACCAGAUCGGAAUGCGGUGCACGAAGUAGAAACGCAAGAGUAAGGAGAGGCUCCCGAGAUGCGGUUUCCGCUUGCGGAGAACGCAGUGUCGACAGAUUGUAUCUGAGAGCAGCUGCAAACGCUAAAACGAAAGGUGCUAGGCAUACAUUACUCGUCAUACGUAACGAUUACGAAGGUCGUGGUGCAAACUCUCUGAGUGUUUCUAAAGGUGAUGUCGUUGCUCUUCUAAGCGACCACGUCAAUGAUUGGUUUUGGGUUCGAUCCAGAGAUGGUAGGGAAGGUUUUAUACCGGCUGUGGUUGCUGGUCAUGGUUUCUUAUAAACAAAAAAAAAAAAAAGAAGAAGAAGAAGAUACAGUCAUACGUAGUAUCCAUUGAUUUGAUGAAAAAACAAUGGUACGAUUGUACAUUUGUUGUAUAAAAUUUUAUAUGGUGUGCAAAAUGUUAUUGUAAUAAUAUAUUUAUUACUUAAACGAAAAAGAUUGUGUGAAAAAGAAAUUUCUUAUGAGAUAUGAUACGAGGUGAUACGUUAACUCCGUCAUAAAGAAUUCUUUACAAAAAUAUUAAUUAUAUCACAUUCGUACGUGUAAAUAAGGAUAUUAACUUACAU